GCAAACCAGGAAGUGUCCAGUUCACAACAAGGACAGCUGCAUGUUCUUGAUUGCUCCACAUUGUGAGUUAUUUCAUACUUUUAAAAUCAUGAAUGGAGCAAACCCUCCAGUUCACCCCAAAUACGCGAUAGUGUCGAUACUUCCGAAAUGGUGCAGUUCUCCUACGCAAACCUUUUGACUGUGCCCGUUUCUUGAUAUUUUACUGUCUCUGUGAAGGGCAUGGCGGCGGUUGUGAGACCAUUCCGCGCGUUAUGUCCCAGGGCACUAUCGACUGUGUGUGGAAGCUGUCCGCCCCCGGGAGUCACUACUGUCCUGCCCGCCUCAUGCGUCUUGUACCCAGCCCGGAGGAGCCCUGCCAGGACGCUGCAUCUGUGUCCCUCCCUCUGCGCUGGACAUAACAAGUGGUCUAAAGUCAAACACAUCAAGGGUCCUAAAGAUGAAGCCCGGGGAAGAAUGUUCAUGAAAUUUACCAUGUUGAUAAGAAUAGCGGUAAAAGAAGGUGGACCCAACCCUGAAUUAAAUUUAAACUUGGCUCAUUUACUGGAGCAGUGCAGAAAUAAAAACAUGCCCAAAGCUUCUGUAGAGGCUGCAAUUAAGAGUGCUGAAAAGUCCAAGCCAGCAUCUCAGCAAAUGUUAGAGGUUCGUGGGCCUGGUGGAUGUCUGCUACUUAUUGAAGUAUUGACUGACAACAAUUCGCGAACACAGCAGGAUAUUAAAAAGAUCAUCAGCAAGAAUGGAGGUAUAUGGUCUGAUGGAGCGCGGCAUAAUUUUGAGAAAAGAGGAGUGGUGGUUGUGCCGGCUAAAGACACCACAACUGAGAGGGCACUGGAGCUGGCCAUAGAGGCAGGAGCAGAGGAUGUCCACGAGACUGAGGAUGAAGAGGAGCAGUCCGUCCUGAAGUUCAUUUGUGACAUGAAGGAACUGAAGAAGAUGCGGACAUCGUUGGAGCAGCUGGGCCUGCACAUCAUCUCAGCGGGAUUUGAGUUUGUUCCUCGUAGAGUCUUGGCUUUAGAUGAGGAUCAGAUAAACAGUGCAUUAAAUCUGAUAGAAGCUCUUAAUGACUGUGCUGAAGUUGUCCGUGUUUGGGACAACAUCCAAGCCCAUAGCUGAGGAUGCUUUAAAGACACUUGACGGACAUUUUAUAUUUCAUAUGUGAAAUAAAAUUGUGCAUAGACUAUUAUGAAUUUU